GCCCCUUCCUCAUCCCCCAAUCCCCCCUCCCUCGCAGCUUCCCAAAGAUGUCUCCUUCGUCUGGGCUUCUUCCUGGGGGAUCUUCCUCCUUCCUCUUCCUCUUCCUCUUCCUCCUGGGCUCUUCCCAAGGGGAGGGGCCGCUCCCCACCGUGGUGCUGGCCCUCCUGGCCCGCAACGCCCAACACUCCCUGCCCCACUUCUUGGGGGCCCUGGAACGGCUGGAUUACCCCAAGGAACGCAUCUCCAUCUGGUGCGCCACUGACCACAACGUGGACAACACGACCGAGAUCCUGCGCGAAUGGCUAACUGCGAUGGAAAGCCACUACCGGUACAUCGAGUGGAAAGCUGUAGAGGAGCCGAGCUCAUAUGCCAACGAAACAGGACCUAAGCACUGGACGAAGGAGCGCUUUGAACAUGUCAUGAGGCUGAAACAGGAAGCCCUGGACUUUGCCCGGGAUGAACGGGCCGAUUACAUUUUGUUCACUGACACCGACAGUAUCCUGACCAACAACCAGACGCUGAAGUUCCUCAUGGCGCAGAACAGAUCCAUUGUGGCCCCCAUGUUGGAAUCCCAAACGUACUACUCGAACUUCUGGUGCGGGAUCACUCCACAGGGCUACUACCGCCGGACGGCUGACUAUUUCCCCACCAAGAACCGGCAGCGCAUUGGCUGCUUCCCGGUCCCCAUGGUCUACGCCGCUUUCCUGAUCGACCUCCAGAAGGAUGAUACCGCUGCUCUGGCCUUCCAUCCUCCCCACCCCAGAUACACUUGGCCUUUGGACGACAUCAUGGUUUUUGCCUUCUCCGUUCGAGCUGCAGGAGCCCAGAUGUAUUUGUGUAACGAAGAACACUUUGGCUACAUCAACGUCCCUGUGAAAGCGCACCAGACACUGGAAGAUGAACGCAUCAACUUUGUGCAUCUCAUCCUGGAGGCCAUUGUGGACGGUCCCCCCAUGUUGCCUUCCAGCCACGUCUACCUUCCUCCAAAGCGCCCGACGAAAAUCGGCUUUGACGAGAUUUUCCUCAUCAACUUGGUGCGGCGUCCAGACCGGCGUCAACGAAUGCUGGAUGCUCUCUUGGAGCUGGAGAUCGAGCCCUUGGUGGUGAACGCUGUGGAUGGAAGUGCCUUAAAUAGCAGCGACAUCAAGAAGCUUGGUGUGGACCUGCUGCCCGGUUAUUACGACCCCUUUUCGGGCAGGACGCUCACCAAAGGGGAGGUGGGCUGCUUCCUUAGCCAUCAUCAUAUCUGGAAGGAGAUCGUGGAGCAGGGCUUGGAGAGGUCGAUCGUGCUGGAAGACGACGUGCGGUUUGAGGCGUAUUUCAAAGAACGGCUCUGGAGACUGAUGGACAACCUGGAGCUGGUGCAGAUGGACUGGGAUCUGAUCUACUUGGGCCGGAAGCAAGUGAACUCAGACGCCGAGGAGCUAGUGGAAGAUGUGCGAAACCUUGUGGUGCCUGAGUAUUCCUACUGGACGCUGGCCUACAUCAUCUCUCGGCAGGGGGCUCAGAAGCUGGUCAACGCGCAGCCCCUCUCCCGAAUCCUGCCGGUGGAUGAGUUCCUGCCCAUCAUGUACAACAAACACCCCAAUGAGGACUACAAGAAGCACUUUGCCAAGCGGGAUCUCCGGGCCUUCUCGGUGCGCCCGCUCCUGGCCUACCCGACCCACUACAUGGGGGACGCCCGCUGGAUGAGCGACACGGAGACCUCCACCAUCUGGGAUGACGACUCACGCAAGACUGGCUGGAGCGGCUCCCAGAAGACCCUGAAAGACGCCCGCGGCCCCAGCGGAAGCACGGCCGGACACUCCUUCCGCCCGGCCUCCAGGGACGAACUAUAACACCUGCCUCCUCCGUCAGUAAGUAUGAGGGUUGAAU